UCUCAAAAAUCUAGUAAAUUCCGACUGCCAAGUUCCCAACCAGUGUCCCUGCAAAAGACGAAAAAUUUCGCCAUUAAAACCCUCUUUCAAAACCUUUACAAUUCCCAUUUUUUGAGCAUUUGAAAGACCAGAAAAUGUUGGGUUCAGCACUCCCAGCAACUCAUUUCAACUUCAGCAUGAAGUUGAAGCCUCAGUAUUGGAAUGUGGAUGUGGGUAGAGUUAACGCCACCUCCUCCAUUAAAACAAUGCCUAGAAUCAGAAGAAACUCCAAAACCUUUUCAUCUUUUCACUUUGGCCCCCAUGUUUUAUUUAUCUUUAAGCCCAAACCUUCGUCUCUCCCUACACUUUUAUCAAGCUUCAGUUGUUGUUGUAGUAGUGGUGGUGGUGAUGGUGCCUCUGAUUCAAAUUCUCAACUCUCUUCUUCUGUUGAUACUAAGGAAAUAAAAAAUAGCUCUUCUACUUUUGGUGACAGUUAUGUUGCCUUGUUUGUCCGGAUGCUUGGUCUGGACAAUGAUCCACUCGACAGAGAACAAGCAAUAGUGGCACUAUGGAAAUACUCGCUAGGUGGAAAGAAGUGCAUUGAUGCUAUCAUGCAGUUCAGUGGCUGUAUAAAUCUCACCAUUAACCUUCUUAAGUCAGAAUCUAGUGCUACAUGUGAAGCAGCUGCAGGCCUUUUACGAUCAAUAUCUUCAGUCAAUUCAUAUAGAGAUUCUGUAGCAGAAAGUGGAGCUAUAGAAGAGAUUACUGGAUUGCUGAGUCAAUCUUCUUUGACUGCUGAGGUGAAGGAGCAGAGUAUAUGUACUUUGUGGAACUUAUCUGUUGAUGAGAAGCUUAGAUUGAAAAUUGCAAAUUCUGAUAUUUUGCCAUUACUUAUUAAAUCCCUGGAAGAUGAGGACAUUAAUGUAAAGGAAGCGGCUGGAGGGGUUUUGGCAAAUCUGGCAUUAAGCCGCUCUAAUCACAACAUAAUGGUUGAAGCAGGUGUUAUUCCCAAACUGGCAAAGCUCUUAAAAACUGAUGUGGAAGGAUCCAAAGUCAUACGAAAGGAAGCAAGGAAUGCACUGAUUGAACUUGCUAAGGAUGAAUAUUAUAGAAUUCUUAUUAUAGAGGAAGAUCUGGUUCCUGUCCCCAUGAUUGGUUCAGCUGCAUAUAAGUCCUUCAGACCUGGUUUGUAUUCAUGGCCUAGUUUACCAGAUGGUACUGAGAUUGAGCGGACUUCACAAGGCCCUUCCAGGUAUGGUGCCAAUGAACUACUCCUUGGAUUAAAUGUUAGUGAAAAGAAUGUGGACAUAGAGGAAGCCAAGAUGAAUGCUGUGGUUGGACGGGCAAAACAACAAUUUCUUGCUCGUAUUGGGGCUAUAGAGUUGGAAGAUGAAAGGAAACCUCAAUCUGAUUUGCCUACUGGCCAGCGGGUAACACUUCUGCCAUUGAUGGAUGGUGUGGCUCGACUAGUUUUAAUACUUGGACUUGAAGAUGAGGCAGCCAUAUCAAGAGCUGCAGAGUCAAUUGCGGAUGCAUCUAUUAAUGAACAUAUACGGGUGUCAUUUAAGGAAGCUGGGGCUAUCAAGCUUUUGGUUGGGCUUUUAGACCAUAAUAAUGAUGCUGUCAGAUUGGCUGCAACAUGUGCUUUGGAGAGACUGUCUGUCAGUCAUGGUGUUUGCCAGAUUAUUGAAGCUGAAGGUGUUAUUGAUCCUUUGGUUAAUACUCUAAAGCACUCAGACAUCUCUGAAAGCUUGAUGGAAAAGACCUUGAAUAUACUUGGUCGUAUCAUAAACCCGAGUAAAGAAUUGAAAUCAAAGUUUUAUGAUGGACUGGUUAAUGGAUCGAGAAAGGGAUUCGAUGCUUCUACAGGAUCUGGAACCACAGCUGAGAUACCAUCAUCAGAAACCAAUACAAGUUAUAUGAAAGAAGUGUUGGACUCUGUCUUCAUCAGUCGCCUGGUUGACAUUCUGAAGACCUCUUGCCCUAGUUUACAGAGGAAGGCAGCUUCUGUCCUUGAGUUUGUGACAAUUAUUGACCCAAGCAUGGACACAAUCAUUUCGGCGGAUGUUGAAUCUGGUCUGGAUGCCAUUUUCCAACAAAAAGUUUUGGAAGAUUUAGAGUCUGAUGUUGAAGCUCAGCAACCAGAAAAAUAUGCCCUUGAAAUUGAAGAAGCUGGUCUCACAAUCUCUGCUGCAUCGCGGCUACUGACAAAAUUGCUUGAUUCCAAGCAGUUUUCUCAAACCAUAGACUCCUCUCAUUUCACUGAACUGCUGCGCAGAAUCCUUAAGUCAGAUAUCCCUCUUCACUACAAAGACUGGGUUGCUUCCUGUCUAGUUAAAUUAAUCUCUCUGUCCGGUUCUAACAUCGACUACGAAAAUCCAAUCAACAUGGAGGUAACGCUUUAUGAGACAAUCCCAAGACUCAUCGAGCAAAUGAAAUCCUCAUUCUCGCCCGAAGCUCAGGAAUCUGCAGUUGUAGAACUGAACAGAAUAAUAUACGAAGGGGUGGUAGAUUCGACUCGAGCCAUUGCGUCAGAGGGCGGAAUAUUUCCAUUGGUGAAGCUCAUAGAAGAAGGGACUGAAAGAGCUGUUGAAGCAGGCUUAGCAAUACUGUAUAAUCUGAGCAUGCACAGUGAAAAUCACUCGGCCAUUAUAGCUGCUGGUGCAGUCCCAGUUUUGAGGAGAAUUGUUCUUUCACAGAGACCACAGUGGACAAGAGCACUUCGGUUGUUGAGGAAUUUGCCCAUUUGA